AUGUGCAUCAAUGGAGGGGAGUCGGAAGAAGAUCUAGAAAAGCUGAGGGAUGAAAAAGAUGGUGAAAUACGAAAGCUGAAAGAGGAGAUGGAGGAUGCAAGCGAAAAGCACGAGGAGGAGCUGCGAAAGUCGAGAAAGGAAAAGGACGAGGUGCAAAAGCAGUUGACGAAGAAAAACGACGGCGUGCAGCAUACGCUCAAAAGGGCGAGCGACGACGACGACUUGCAAAAGCUGAGGAAGGAGAAGGUCGAGGAAGUGCGAAAGCUAAGAGAGGAAAUGCAAGAAGAGAUAGAAAAGGCGAGAAAGGAGAAAGAUGAAGAGGUGGAGGCAUUAAAAAGAGAAAGAGACGAGGGAGCAAAGCCGAGCAAAGAGCAGAACGAGGAACUAAAAAAAUUGAGGGAGGAGGUAGAAACUCUGAGAAGGACUGAGAAUGAUAAAGCAUGUAAAACAACGAAGAAGGAGGAAGAGAUGGCAAAAGUGCUCGAAAAUGAGCGAAGAAAGAACAAGGACGAAGCAUUGCAGAGGCUGAUCAACGAAAAGGAUACCGAGCUCGAAAAGCUGAGGAACGAGCAUGAAGAAACGAUGAAAGAGAACGCUGCCGAAACGAGAAAGCUGAGGGAACAGUCGUCGCGACACGAGCUGGAGCAACGUCGGAAGCAAUCAUGGAUGGCGCUACCUACGACACCGUACACCACUGGUGAGACAGACCACAAAAGCAGAAGACGGGCGGUGCCACCAAAUACUUGGUGCAACGUUAGUGGGAGUUACAUCUACUACCAUGAUAAUAAUUUGAAGGCGGCGGACUUAUGUGGGUUCCUUCAAGGAACUUUCCAAGUUGGAGUGGUGGAGGAAGACACCAAAGAUUGGUUGUCGCCCCCUGCGACUAAUAUAUAUUGUGGGGGCAGUGAAUCAUUCGACCGCAACAACUGGUGGUUUGUGAAGAUAUUGCAUCCGAAUGACGGCCUUAUUAUGUUGGCAUAUUACGACGGGGACCGAAGCUAUACUGCUGGGUACAGAGGUUACACUACCAAGUUUCCGAUGCCCAGGGACAUUGGUAUGCAGACAAACACAGUUUUCUUCAUGAUUCAUUUGUUUGGCGAAUUCAAGCUUGCUUUCCUCUACCGGGACUUACUAUAG